GGAGAACAACUAUCGACGCCGGUCAAAACGCUGUACGACGUCGUGUCAAAACAGAGACCUUCGAUUUUCUCUCAACGGAAGGAGGGAAUCUCCGUCGCUCUUAGAUCUUCACUCUGAAACUUCAAAACAAAAGGAAGAUUAAUUUAAAGCCUCCAGCUUUCGGAUCAGCUUACCAUUUGUUUAUACUCUACUGGAUUUGAUGUCUCUGAUACACCUGUUUUUGCUUGUGAGUUUGGUGAGCCUUGAAGCUGAUGCUACCACGUCGUUUUCCCCGGGAUCGCGCUCGAUUCUCCGGGACAUCGGUAGUAACGGGAUCUCCGAUCAUAAAGAUAACGCAGUGGAGUUGAACGCGACCAACUUUGAUUCAGUUUUCCAAGACACCCCCGCCAAGUAUGCCGUGUUGGAGUUCUUCGCUCACUGGUGUCCUGCAUGUAGAAACUACAAGCCUCACUAUGAGAAAGUCGCUAGGCUCUUCAAUGGAGCAGAGGCAGUACAUCCUGGUACCGUUUUGAUGACCAGAGUUGAUUGUGCAGCAAAGAUAAAUAUUAAGCUCUGUGAUAAAUUCUCCAUCAAACGUUAUCCAAUGCUCUUCUGGGGCCCUCCUCGAAAGUUUGUUGGCGGCAGCUGGGAACCUAAACAAGAGAAAAGUGAGAUCAUUGUGGUCGAGGAAUGGCGCACUGCUGAUCUUUUGUUGAGCUGGAUUAACAAGCAGCUUGGCAGCUCUUAUGGCUUGGAUGAUCAGAAACUUGGAAAGGACCACCUCUUGCCUAAUAUAUCUGACUACGAACAGAUUUCUCAGGCCGUGUUUGACAUCGAGGAGGCAACUGAAGAAGCUUUUGAUAUCAUUUUGUCACUCAAGGCAAUCAAGUCUUCUGAAACCGGCGCUUCGUUUAUCAGGUUUCUCCAGCUUUUGGUGCCACAUCAUCCUUCAAAAAGGUGUCGUAAGGGAAGUGCUGAGAUUCUCAUGAACUUUGAUGAUUUGUGCCCGGCAGGCGAAUGCUCUUAUGAUUCUGGAGUGAACAAUACUCUACGAAACUUCCAUAUAUGUGGAAAUGAUCUUCCUCGUGGCUAUUUCAUGUUUUGCCGUGGCAGCAAGAAUGAAACUAGGGGAUUCAGCUGCGGAUUAUGGAUUUUGAUGCAUUCACUCUCUGUGAGGAUAGAGGAUGGAGAAAGUCAGUUUGCAUUCACAGCCCUUUGUGAUUUCAUUAACAACUUCUUCAUGUGUGAUGAAUGCCGCCGCCAUUUUCACGACAUGUGCUUAAGCGUGAAAACUCCGUUUAAAAAGGCGCGUGAUGUCGUCUUGUGGCUGUGGAGCACACACAACAAGGUCAACGAGAGACUCAAGAAGGACGAAGAGUCUCUUGGAACAGGAGACCCUAAGUUCCCUAAGAUGAUAUGGCCACCAAAGCAGCUUUGCUCAUCGUGUUAUCUUACGAGCACGGGGAAUAACAUCGACUGGGAUCAUGACGAAGUCUACAAGUUCUUGAAGGAGUACUACGGAGAGAAACUGGUGUCUUCUUACAAGAAAAAGAGUGCUGGUGGUGUGAGUAAGGAGGAGGUGGUCGUUGCAGCUGCUGAAGAAAUGGCGGUGCCGACCAACGCACUAGUUGUGCCGGUGGGAGCUGCAUUGGCUAUAGCGCUUGCUAGCUGCGCAUUUGGGGCGCUGGCCUGCUACUGGAGGACACAGCAGAAGAACCGGAAACAUCACCACAAUCCGCAUUAUCUAAGGAGAUAUAGUAGUAACUAUUUGGUGAUGAACACGUUCAGUAACAGUGAAAGCGAGAGGGAAAAGGAGAGAUGAAGUAAAUUUAAAGAAGGAAAAGCUCAUAUUUUGUAAUCAUUCAGGCAGAGGAAUUAGCUGGAGAUGAUGUUGAGCUUUGUUUAUGUUGUAACUUUUUUUUUACAGAUUGUAUAGAUUAUUCUCUCCAAUUUUGGAAUAUACAGUAGUCCCUUUUAUAUCUAUAUAUGUCAACUCAAAACAGAAUUUCUCCUUCAA